AUGUCAAGCCGCCUCGCCUCUGUCGCCACCGCGCCCUCAGUCCCUUCUCAAUCAAAAUCCCUCUCUCUUCCCGCCGCCGCCGCCAUUCCCCUUACCGGGCCACCCGAAAUCUACAUUAAACCCCUCGCCGCUCCCGCCCCCGAACCCGAACCGGUCAUCGCCGCCGCCCCCGGCGGCGGCCCACCCAUGGGCCUGACCAAGUGCCAUUCUCCGACCUUCCUCUCGACCGGAAACCCCUGCCUCGACUUCUUCUUCCACGUCGUCCCCGACACGCCGCCGGAGGCUCUCACCCGCCGACUUCAGCUCGCCUGGGACCACGACCCGCUCAAGGCCCUCAAACUCAUCUGCAAUUUACGAGGCACAAAAGGCACCGGCAAAGCCGACGAGGAAGGUGGCUACCGGGCCGUCCUCUGGCUCCACGAGAACCACCCCAGGACCCUCGCCCUCAAUUUGGACAAAUUCGCCGGGUUCGGAUCCUCCAAGGAUCUGCCCGAGAUCCUCUACCAGAUUCUCGAAGGCCCCGACUCCCGGAAGGUGUCUCAACGGGAUCGGGACCUCACGAAACAGAUGAGAUUCACUAAAAGGCGCCGCUUCAAUUAUAACCGAUACAAUGGCACGCCAAUGGAUGAAGACGAGCCUGAGUCUGAGCCCGAGCCCGAGUCCGAGCCCACUGGAAGAAAUGAGUCGGAAGCAGAAGCAGACAAGAAGCGUAAGUCGCCAAUUGAUGAAGACGAGCCUGAGCCCGAGUCCAAGCCAGAGUCUGAGCCCACUGGAAAAAACGAGCCGGAAGCGGAAGCAGACAAGAAGAGUAAGUCGAACAAAAGACGGCUGAGGUGGAAGGCGAAGACGCUCGAGUGGGCCAAACAGAGAAAAGAGGCCAAGAGGAUCAAGCGGGCUAGAAGGGUUGUUGAACGAUUCAACACCUAUCCCGACUUCAAAUUCCUCCACGAUCGGGUGUCCGAUUAUUUUGCCGAUCGGCUACGAUCCGACCUGGAGAUGCUGAGGCGAGGGGAGCUCUCGCGAAUCAGCCCAACCGCAAAGUGGUGCCCGUCUCUCGACUCGUCUCACGACAAAGUUACCCUCCUGUGUGAGACGAUUGGAAAACGGAUUUUCUCGAGGGAUGAGUGCCCGGAAUACGAGGGAGUCGAGGAGCCGCACUACGCGUACCGUGUUAGGGACCGUCUGCGAAAAGAGGUGCUCGGCCCACUUCGCAGAGCCCUCAAUCUACCCGAGCUGCACAUUGGGGCCAAUGAUUGGGGCUCGAUCGAUUACGAGCUUUUGGGGCCCGACGAGGUGAGGCUGCAUGAGCGGGAAUUCUUGAAGCACGACAAGGAGAGGUUCUGCAAGUACCUCGCCAAGUUGCGGAAAGGCGAGGCGAAGAUUGGUGCAGGGGAUUGGUUCCCUCACAAGAAUCUUGCCCGCGGCGGCCGCCAGGUGGCGGAGUUUCAGUGGUUGAGUAUGGUUGAUGAUAUGGCGAAGAAGGGGAAGCUGAGAAACUGCCUGGCGAUCUGCGAUGUUUCGAGUAUGAAUGGGAAGACGGUGAAGGCGGCGGCCGCGCUUGGGUUGUUGGUUUCGGAAUUGAGUGAAGAGCCAUGGAAAGGGAAGGUGAUCACAUUUGCCGAUAAUCCCGAGCUUCGAUCGGUUGAGGGGCUCAGUAGUAUAAACAAGAAGGCGAGGUUCGUCAAGGGACUAAUGACGUUUGGUCAAAAGGACCUCCAGAAGGUUUUUGAUCUGCUGCUGAAGGUGGCGGUGGACGGUGGACUGAAGCCGGAGAAGAUGAUCAAGCGGCUGUUUGUGUUUAGCGACAUGGAAUUUAGCAAGGCGUCGGAGAAUGAGAUGGAGACGGAUGAUGAGGCGAUUGACAUGGAACUUAGCAAGGCGUCGGAGAAUGAGAUGGAGACGGAUUACCAGGCGAUUUUGAGGAAGUUUAGGGAGAAAGGGUAUGGUGAUUGUGUGCCAGAGAUUGUGUUUUGGAAUGUGAAGGACUCGAAGGCCACUCCGGUGGCGGCAGGCCAGGCGGGCGUGGCGCUGGUGAGCGGGCAUUCGAGGAAUUUGAUGAAGAUGUUUGUUGGGGAAAGUGUGGCUGGGGACAUGAAUCCGGUGGGGGUUAUGGAUUUGGCGAUUGCAGGGGAGGAAUAUGAAGGCUUGGUUGUGCACGAUUGA